AUGGCGCCGUUUCCAUGUUCAAGCGAACGCACUGCUGCUUCGGCUCUGCUCCUCCUCACCGUCACACCACCACCGCCUUCCAAGGGCUGUUUGGAUGAUGGCGAUGAGUCAUCGGUUGUGAGAUCGGAGCUAGGAAAGAGCGACGGUACUAUUUCCAGAGGUCAGAGCUUUGUUUCCGGCGACUCCAAAUCCUGCUGCACUUCGUCCUUGCUUGCUGGUUCCAGGGAGGAGAUUCAAGCUCGCACAGUCAGGAUGAUUGCUCUUGCAGCUCUUCAUCGCGAUGUGAAGCUCAAAGCCCUGCAGAGAAACCGAUCGAAGAUCCAAAGCGGCGGCGUGAAAUUCAACAGCUGGAAAACUCGCUCGGGCGUGAAGGUGGCCACGACGACGUCGUUUGCGGCCUCCACGUCCUCAGAGUCCUCGUGCCUGUCCAGUGCGGCUUCGAGCGCGCGAAGCCGUUACUACCAGCCGAAAGCCGCUGGGAGCAGCUGGAUUAAGAAGAAGAAGAAGAAGCAGGUGGGGUCGGUUAUGCUGCGGCGCAAAGCCGAAGCCAUUCUGAAGCUGCUCUCUCAAGGCUGCUACUCUGAAGUCAAGAUCCGUCAGACUCUCGGUGACAGUCCGGACACCAGCAAAGCGCUCCGACUGUUGUUGAAGUUUGAGGAGGUGAAAAGGACAGGCGGAGGAGGCCGUCGCAGCCCUUAUAUUUACACGGUAUAA